AUGACCGUUACUGAGUACACAAGCAAAUUUGAGGAACUGUGCCGCUUUUCACGUAUCUGUCAGAGAGCUCCUGAGGACUUUGUUGAGUGGAAGUGUAUCAAGUAUGAGGGUGGCCUUAGGGGCAAUAUUGAGAGCUUCAUUGCACCGAUGGAGAUCCAAACCUUUUCUAAACUGGUAAACAAAACCAGAGUUGCUGAAGAAUGUCUGAGAAAGGCGGCAUUAGACAAGAGUGAUCACCAAAGCUCUGUUAGGGAAGAUCACGGAAGAAAUUUUGUGCCUCGAGGCCAAGAUUUCAAGCGAGGUGGCAAUACUCCACAGCAACAUCAAGGCCAGAGUAGCUUCCGGAGGUUCAAUAAUAACAAUAACCAAGGAAAAGGACGCGGAAAACAGGCUCAGUUUCUGCAGGAUGACUUGACUUGCAGGAGGUGUGGAAGGUACCACCCAAACACUCCGUGUAGGGCCGAUUGGGAUGUCUGUUAUUACUAUGGAAGAGCUGGAAAUAUGUCUUGA